GCAACCUAUUGGUGGUGCUGGUGAUGGUGCUGCACAGGAGGAUGAGGAGCCACACCAACUUCUUCCUCACUAACCUGGCGGUGGCUGACCUGUGCGUGGCUGUCUUCUGCAUUUACCAGAACUUCGCCAUGUACGUCAUUCAGGACUGGUAUUUUGGCAAGUUCCUGUGCUUGAUGUACCAGUUCGUGAACCAGCUGAGCUACACGGCCUCCGUCAUCAUCCUCGUGGUGGUAAGCGGCGAACGGUACCUGGCCAUCGUAGAGCCCCUCAGGGCCAAGAGUCUCCUCACUCGCAGGAACAUGAUUGUAACGAUGGCUCUUGUGUGGGUCGUAUCUGCUCUGUAUUCCUGUCCUCGCCUUCUCUACUUCACGGUACAGGAGUACCCGGUGGAGGGCGGCGGCACGGAGGCCAUGUGUUUGCUGAGGCGGGACCAGUUCGACACCCGCAUCUGGGACGUGGUGAGCCUGACGCUGCUGUACCUGCUGCCUCUCGCCCUGCUGUCCCUACUGUAUGCUCGCAUUGCUCAAACACUGUGGCGCUCCGGGCGUCAACUUGCCGCCGCCGCCUCUCCUUAUCCCUCCUCCACGGCGGCGGCGGCGGCUGCUGAUUACGCCACCUUCAAGACGCAGCACACCGCCUCCGUCAGCUCCAGCUCCAGCAGCGGCGGCGUGGAGGGGCCCGGCAUAGAGGGGGACGGGACGCCGCGCAGCCACUGUAGAGACCAGAAGUCACACGUGGCCCGCGGCUCAGUCAAGUCCAUCAUGUCCACGUACGUCUCCAUGGCGUCCAUGAGAGACGAAGGGUCGAGGAUCAACCACGCGUCCCCAGACAUUAUCCCUUUGUCUCCUCGCAACCAAGGCAGAGGCGACGGCACCACCAUCAUCAGGAGAGCCUCGCCCAGAGUGCCGUGCCGCUCCAUGCACCUCCACCCGUCGCCCCUGGUGUUGCGGGCGCGGCGCAAUGUGAUCAACAUGCUGGUGGUGGUCGUGGUGAGCUUCGCCGCCUGCUCGCUACCGUUCCACACCCGCAAGAUGCUGCAGUACUACUGGGCCAGCUACAACCACAACUCCGAUGCCUCCUAUAUCAUCACCCCCGUCACCUUCCUCCUCAUGUACGCCAACUCCGCCGUCAACCCGAUCCUGUACACCUUCAUGAGCCGCAAGUUUCGCACCUCGUCUCGUGACCUGCUCACCUGCCGCCUAUGGCAGGCCCGGCGGCCGCGGCCUCCCCGGCCCACUGUGGUGGCGAGGCUCAUAGGGCGGGACAAGGUGGUCACUCAUCUGGUGUGAGUCGCCUCCCGUCGUCCUCACAGUGCAAAGUAUUAUAUAGUUUACCGGUAUUAUUACGCUACUUCACACAUGCGUACGUACGUAUGUGGGCUGCA